UAUCAGGAGUUUGAGUCUCGUUCCCAAUGUUACGUAGGACGAGACAUUUGUUGUAUCGGUCUCUUUAUCGCUAAAUUAAUCGUUGUUUCAUACAUUACCAUUACGUUGCAUAUUCUUGACAUGUCUUCCGACACGUUACUUAUGGGAUGGUAAAAUUCGGGAGGAAUAUGACUGAGGGACCGAUUUGCAAGCUUGCUAAAAAAACGUUGGAGCAUUACGUUUAGACUCCCUCCCCUCUCCAACCUAGUAAUGAGGGUCGCGAAACGCAGAGGAGGGAAGGUGUAAAUAUCAAGGGCUCUGCAGCAGCACAGUGGCUCCCCCCUCAGGCCCACAGGGGCACUGCAGCGAUCUGAGAGAGGGGCCAGUUGGCACAGAGCACUGAAUGGCCACAAGCCCCAACCACUGCGGCACUUAUGACUACAACUGCAAGGUGAGUGUUCAUUGGGCAGGAAGCGUGAGCGGCAGGACCACUCGGGAGACUCAUGACAUGGAGGUCAAAGGGCCCACCAUCACUGCUAUGGGCCUGGGGGCCCCGGAUCUCCAGGACGGUAAGCAGCGUGCGGAGCGACUCUCGGAGCUGCAGGAGAGGAGGCGGGGCCUGCAGACGCUGCUCAACACUCGUCUGGGAGAGCUCCGGCGCGUCUGCCUGCUGGAAGCGGAAUUGACAGGAGAGGUCCCCAGAGAGUUUCCCUUAGAGGCAGGAGAGAGACCCCCCCAUGUGCGGCGCAGAAGUGGACUGGCCCACCAUGCUUCCAAGCAUAGCGCUAAGGGAGAGGAAGAUGAGGUGUGUCAGCGGAAACCAAAAAAAGCCCUGUUCAGUGGUGCCCUCCGCAGGCAGACUGACUCAGAUCAUCACCCACCCCAAGGGAAGAGGACGGUUCAUCGUGGCUGCCACACAGAUGACACAGUUAAGUCAGAGAGCAGCUCCAUGUCGGACUCCACAGGCCACGACAACGAGGAGUCCUCCUCCGGUGUGACCCCUGACGGCCUGUCCCCCACCCGCCCUCCCCGGCUGGCCCCGGGGAGCCCCGACAGCCGGUUCUGCCGGAAGCUCUCCCCCGUGGAGAUCUACUACGAGAUGCGCACACGGCGGAAUUCUAUGGCCAGUUCAGCCAGCCCGAGCCGAUCCCUCCCCAGGAGCAUCUCCAACGUGGAGGGCAGGAGCGUUCCUGCCACGCCCCUCCUGAGCAGGACCGCCCCCGCCAACGUCCAUGCCAGGUCGGACGGGUCGGGCGGAGUCACAGGGCACUGGACAGACGGCCCAGACGUGCCGCAGGUCUUACCACUGCAGCCUCAGGAGGGGUCCUCCUCCGGGUCCUUUGAGCGCGCAGGCUGCCCGUACAGUGCCCGAACCCGUCGCAGCAACAGCUCCGAGGCCCUGCUGGACCGGACCGUUUUCCCCGAGGAGGGGGCCCCGCGGACGGGCAUGCCCUCCAGGGGGGGGCCCUACAAGAGCUCGGAGGCCCUGACGGACGGGCGGCUGCGGCAGGUGCACAGGGUCAGCCCGGAGAGGCACCUGAACGGGCACGCCGAGCAGGGCAGGCUGCGCUCGUCGGUCGGGGGGCGAGGCGGCGCGGGAGGGGGGUACAACGAGAUCCUGAUGGACUACAUCUGGGGCAAGCAGCAGAAGAUGCAGGCCCAGCAGCAGCAGCAGCAACAGCAGCAGCAGAGGCAUCAGGCCGGGGUUGGCGGUAACGCCAGGCCCUGGCCGGACGGCUCCGGCCCCCCGGCGCCCGGCUCUGUGUCGUCCCCCCAUUUCAACGGCUUCCCCCCGUCCCAGCCGCCGGCGCACUUCGCCGCGGGCGGCCCCCCGCCCUACAGCCCCCUGCUGCUGCGCGGGAAGCCGGGCGAGCCGCGGAGGGUCAAGGUCACCCGCACCAAAUCCUGCGGGCCCUUCAUCCCGCUGCAGCAGCACCAGCAGGAGGCGCUGCUCCUCUCGGCCUACUCCGAGCCCCCCCACCCCCCCUCCAGCUCCGCCAACUCCUCCACCGCCGCCCUGUACCCCUACCAGCCGGAGCCGCCCGCCCCCGGCCCCCGCAGGGCCCCGCCCUUCCCCAGCACCACCCCCGAGGACCCCACCCGCAGCCUGCACAAGGCCCUGGCCCUGGAGGGCCUCAGAGACUGGUACCUGAGGAACACUCUGGGCCACUCCGCCGGCCCCCCGGGCAAGCUCCAGGACCCCGGGCUGUCCCGCCGACGCACGCCCCCCUCCCUGCACGGCCCCCACCCCCACUCCCUCCCCCACCAGCCGCAGUCCUUUCCGGGGGAGCCCUCCUACGGUCACCUGCCCCAAUCUGCCACCUUCCACGGGCACCCGCUGCACGGGAGGUCAAUGGAGCUGUCCCUGUACCAGGAUCCAUUCCCAUCGCAGAUGCAGGAGCUAACACUGAAAGAGCCCAAUUCUGACCUCCCAGCUCCUGGAACCCUGGUCUGACACACACACACACACACAUACAGGGCACACAAACACAAAAAAGACAGAUGGCGAACACGCACAUAAACAAACAUGUAUAUACACACACUUGCCUAACACACGGAUAGACAAUGGAUGCAAAUGUACCUGACCACCACACAAGAUGGCAUAAACAUUCCGGUGUCCAGUUUCUUCCCUGGAUGGAAAGGACAAGAGGUGGAAAAGUCAAGGUGAAGAAGGAGUCUGAGGCCAGAGAGCCGGCUCAGUCUUUCUCUAAAAUAUAACUCUGACUGAACGAAACCAGAGGCAGACUGAAAAUGCAAUGGACCAAACUGACUCUGGCCUGUGCUGUGAGCUCAGGGCGUCUGAAGCUUCCAGGUUUUUCUGUCUCUAACCUGCUACGAUGUCUCUCUCACUCUUUCUCACUUUCUCUCUUGCUCUCUCGCUUUCUCUCUCUCUGUCAUUCUCUCACCCACUUGCUCUCUCCCCAGCUUGCCUAUACUUUUUAGUGAAGGUAUGUCAGUAUAUUCUAUUGGGAAUCGUAGCACCUGAAUCCCAGGUCUUGUAACCUUAAGACAGGGACAAUGUACUUCAAGCAAACGCCAGCUGUGUCUUGUGCACUUGUCCUGUACGCUGCAAAAGUAUGUUCUGUGCCCAGAAUCAAAUAACAGAUAUGUUAUGGAGCACAUGAGACUAGUGUGGUCUGCACCCAUAGAUGCGUAAAAGGAUCCUAGAAUGCUUUCCUUCAUAUCUCAUUACGUUGGUGAAAAACCACAUCAAUGUGUCCCAGACUGACUCUCUCCAAUGGGUUGGUUUCCUUUCAGUUAAUGAUCUUGGUGAAAAAUCAUCUUCAUCUUAUUGUCAGCAUAUUUGUUGAAAGCAGGUAAUGCAGGUCCUUUGAAAAAAAAAAAAAAAAAAAUGCUGUAUUUUUUUAAAUAGCUUGUCGAUGUUCUUGAGAAAUACCAUCAUUUUAAAAUGGAAUAUAAUGUACAGCAAUGCUAGUUUUCUACUAGUAUCAUAAAACAUUUUGUGCGGGUAAAAUGGUAUAUGUUGGGCUUCUCAAUUUGAUUGAGGUUACCAGUCCUAGUCCAGGAGGUCAACAAUCCAUCAGGUAUGUAUAAUCUAUAGAUAAAUAUAUGUGGUAGAGUGCAAUUUAUUUUUAAAUCCUCAUUUAAUCCAGACUGAAACAAAUAUCAAAUAAACCAAUAUCAAAGCAGUUUCCACUGUCCUUGAAACAUCAGGAAUAACUGACCAAAAGAAUUGACCAAAAUAUACAUUUUUCUUACUA